AUGUGGAGUCGCAGCUGCUGGGCGGUGACCGGGCACACAGCGGGGCUUUGUGCUGACGAGGCUGGGGGGCGGUGUUUCAUCUGCAAUCUGUGUACUUUGGAAGACUGCGACUGCAGUCCAGCACCAAAGGUCGCGGGAGCGCGCGGCCGACCUUGGCCGAUUCUGCCCCUGCAGAGCCACUUUGCACCAGCGGCACAGAGCUCCAGCUCCUCUGGGAUGUGGUGCCCGCUGCGCCCGCUCCUGCUGGCCCUCCUCCUUGCAUCUGCGUGCAGGACCCUUGGCCCGCGGGGGCGGCGUGAUGACGGUGGGGGUGAGCCCGAGUCUGCGGAGCCCCAGUGGGGGCGGCUGAAGGGCAGCAACGUGAGCAGGCCCCUGCCACCCGCCGCCUUCCACGAGGAGAACACGGUCACCACCGAGUGGGCCACGGACGGGGAGGAGGAGGAGGACUACCUGGACCUGAGCCAGAUCUUCGGGGAGGACGGCGACGACUACGGAGACGUCGUGGACGCGGACCCCCCCCCACGCCCCGGGGCGGGCGCCGGCAGCGUGCUCCGGCUCUUCCCCGGCAAGAGCCGCGUGCAGCGGCUCAACCUCCUCAACGCGCAGUUCGCCUUCGACCUGUACCGGGCGCAGGCGGCACGGGCUGGCACGGCCGACAACAUCUUCCUGGCGCCCGUGGGCGUGUCGGCCGCCAUGGCCAUGCUCUCCCUGGGCCUGGCGGGCGACACCCACCAGGAGGUGCACGCGGCCCUGCGCUUCGCCGAGUUCGUCAACGCCAGCACCACCUACGAGCUGGGCACCGUCCACAACCUGUUCCGGAAGCUGACCCACCGCCUCUUCCGCAGGGACUUCGGGUACACGCUGCGCUCUGUCAGUGACCUCUACGUGCAGAAGCAGCUCCCGGUCCGGGACGACUUCAAGGCCAAGGUCCGGGAGUACUACUUCGCCGAGGUCCGGGCGGCCGACUUCUCCGAUCCGGCCUUCCUCGCCCACACGAACCGGCACGUGGCCCGGCUCACCAAGGGCCUCGUACGAGACGCGCUGCAGGACGUGGACCCCGCGACGCAGAUGCUGCUGCUCAACUGCCUCUACUUCAAAGGGUCCUGGGUGAACAAAUUCCCGGUGGAAAUGACACACAAGCACAGCUUCCGGCUGAACGAGCGGGAGGUGGUCAAGGUCCCCAUGAUGCACACCAAGGGCGCCUUCCUGGCAGCCAGCGAUCAGGAGCUGGGCUGCGACGUGCUGCGGCUGGACUACGUGGGGGGCGUCAGCAUGCUCGUGGUGGUCCCACACAAGCUGUCUGGGAUGAAGACCCUGGAGGGCCAGCUGACGCCCCAGGCAGUGGAGCGGUGGCAGAGGAGCAUGACCAACAGGACACGGGAGGUGCUCCUGCCCAAGUUCAAGCUGGAGAAGGACUACGACCUGGUGGGGGCCCUGCGGGCCCUGGGAGUCACAGCGCUCUUUGACAAGCACAGCAACACCACGGGGAUCACGGGCCAGAGGAUCGUCAUUGACCUGUUCAAGCACCAAGGCACCAUCACGGUCAACGAGGAGGGCACGCAGGCCGCGGCCGUGACCACCGUGGGGUUCAUGCCGUUGUCCGCCCAGGUCCGCUUCAGCGUCGACCGGCCCUUCCUGUUCCUCGUCUACGAGCACCGCACCAGCUGCCUGCUCUUCCUGGGCCGGGUCGCCAACCCCACCCGGCCUUAG